AUGGCGUCGCCCGGACUUGAACCGGAGACCUUCAGUGUCAAAAGAAGGGAAAUAUUAAUUCCAUGCGGAGCGGAAUGUUGGGUUUUUGCUUCUAAAAUACGAACUGAUUUACUCAAUGAUUUCGCAAGUGAGAACCCAGAUGUAAUACAGUAA